AUGGAUGUUUUUUUAAUGAUCCGACGUCACAAGACAACAAUCUUCACAGACGCAAAGGAAUCCACAACAGUAUACGACCUUAAACGCAUCGUUGAGGGAAUACUUAAAAGAUCCCCUGAAGACCAACAGCUCUACAAAGAUGAGCAGUUGUUAGAAGACAGUAAAACCUUGGGAGACUGUGGUUUUACCAACCAGACAGCGAGACCCCAGGCUCCAGGGACCGUGGGUUUGGCCUUCCGUGUCAAUAACGAGAUGUUCGAGCCGCUGCACGUGGAGGCCUUCUCUUCUCCUCCUGAACUCCCGGAUGUGAUGAAGCCUCAGGACUCCGGCAGCACGGCCAACGAGCAGGCGGUGCAGUGA